AUGUCCCGCAAGGGCAAAGACAUAAGGAGCUUCUUCCAGCCGUCAUCCAGUCAAGCUCCGGCACCACAAGCAGCAACACGUGAGAGAUUGGAACCAGAGCAGCGCCGACGACGACAACAAUCUCCACGCAACCAUGCUGCUUCUUCUGCAAGAGCAACGCCAGAUUUUCCAAGUCUGCCGUCGUCGCCUGUCCCAGCAGCAACAGCAGCGACAACAGCAGCAGUGACAGUGACCCACCCGUCCGGGCUACAUCCCUCAUCGCUGCCCUCGUCGCCGCAGACGCCGCGGCGGACAGAUGCCACGGGAAUCAAGAAAGGAUCGCUCAAGCGCGACGACGAGAUCAAGGGAUCCGAUGAGGACACGGACGGUGACGGGAAUGUCUCGGACAGCUCGGUCGAGUCGUUGUCCGCCAUUUUUGGCCUGUCUAAGCCGAGUCCAAAGUAUGAGCGGCCUGCACAGGAGACCGCCACACCCCAGGCGAAGAGAGUAGCCUCUUUGGGAGUAUACGGCCACAAGUCGCCUCUGACACUACAGCAAAGACUUCGGCGCGGUGGUGCUGGUGGUGGCAGUGGCAUUGGCGCGCCUGGGUCUCGUCCGGUGAAGAAGCGCAAAUUCGACAUGAAGGCUCUCCUGCAGCACGCGCGGGAGGAUGAGAGGGCGGAAGAGAGCGCCCGUCGAGCACAAGAACUCAUCGAUAUGCCCGACGAUGACGACGACGAAGGAGGGAAGGGCGGGAGCGAUAGCGACGUGAAAGCGGGCAGGGGCACAACCAAUCUACAAGAGAAAGCCCGCGCCAUACUGCAGGGCGAUGGCGACGACGAGACUGGCGAGAAGCUCGUGAGAGCGAUCGAUCGGACAAAGUCCAAGCCGACGCGACGAUGCUGCUAUUUCUUCAGCCCGAAACUUUCGCCUUCCGCAAUCAGGGGAAAGAGGGCACCGUUUCCGCUCACCUCGGCGAACGGGCGCUGGAAAUUCCUCAGGGAUCCGACGACUCGGGACCAGUCAAUGAUUCACCACAUCCCGCAGACGCUGGUAGCUCGGGGCUUCCAGAUCCCCGAAGCGCUUCUGCUUUGGCUUAUUGGUGAGGCGUGCGUCGAGCCGGACGCGCAGUUACGACUUCGCUACUGCGAUAUUGUCACUCUUUGCGGCGAGAGGGCUGCACGACUUGUCACUGCCAACAAUUUGUAUACACUGCUGGAGGGACUGGGAGGCCCGCGAGGUCGUGAAGAGGAUGGAAAGUUUGUGAGCACGAUGGAGAUGGAGGAGGCAUAUACGAAGCGCGACUGGGGGCCUCUGGUCUCUUUUCUGCGCAUGCUUGUGGGACUGGCACCGUUUCUGAGCGAACCUUUCGAUGCGAUUCUGCUACUCCUACGUAUGAGUUUGGAUCCGAUUUGUGGUACUGUCGUGCGGCAUGAGCAUGCUGUGGCUCUACAAGCUCUGGUCAUGUGCUUGCCGGAGACAUCAGUGCCGCAGCUCGCUGCUAAAAUAUGUGACUACGUCGCCCGACAUAUCAGCGAGAUGGUCUUAAAGGCACAGGCAGUCAACAGCAUCCCAAAGACGACUGCGCGACUACAAUCUUUGUGGCGCAGUGUCGCGCAGGGAAUACUCUUUGGGUCUGCAGCCCACCAGAAUGGCCUGACUCUCGAUAUGAUUCUUGAGCGCCUGAAGCAGCACGAUUUUGCCAUCAACCAGGACACGGACUUUGAAGAGUUCAGGAGUCUAGUACUACUCCUGGACAGCGCGAUUGGCAAUGCAGCUUUCCUGCGCAUUCAAGGCUCGUCACCUUUAGCGGACCGCUCGUGCUCACUGCCUGUGGAACCGGAGCACAUCGCAACAUCACCAAACACAAUCGUGGUGUCAGCCGCGGCGUCGCCAGCAUCCGCCGCAACAGCAAAACCAGCAGCAGCAGCGCAUUACCGACAGGCAGAGUCCAAGGCAGACGCAAACCGGCGCUUCGACGCCGCAGUCGAUGCCCUGACGCGGCGCAUCGAGGUGCUGCAGAAUAAGAUCCACGACAGCAACUCCCCCGAGCGCAAGGAGGCCAAGACGAGCCUGGACGCGCUCGCCAAGAGGCUUGCGUACUCUGUGCGCACGCGCCCGCCGGCCAAGACGAGCAUCUUUGACGUGCACCUCUUGCGCAACACGGUGCUGGGGCGCAAGAUGAAGCAGGAUGAGGAGGAGCAGACCGAGCUGCCGAAGCAGAGGGAUUUCAUGAAGAACUGGGCCGUCGCCGCCACCACGCCAUCGGCGUUGGUGGACAAGAAAUCCAAGCUGAACGCAGUGCUGGUAGAUGGGGAGACGGGGCUGAGCCACAACGUUCUGUGA